CCGGAUCUGCUCGGCGGCGGCCUCGCCUCAUCUCUGUAUCUGCGCCUGGGUCGGGUGGGAGACGCCGAGCGCCGGAGACAUGUCGGAUUUCGACAGUAACCCGUUCGCGGACCCGGAUCUCAACAACCCCUUCAAGGAUCCAUCAGUUACACAGGUGACAAGAAAUGUUCCACCAGGACUUGAUGAAUACAAUCCAUUUUCGGAUUCUAGAACACCUCCACCAGGCAAUGUGAAAAUGCCUAAUGUACCUAAUACACAACCAGCAAUAAUGAAACCAACAGAGGAAGCUCCAGCUUAUACACAGAUUGCAAAGGAACAUGCCUUGGCCCAAGCAGAACUUCUUAAGCGCCAGGAAGAACUAGAAAGAAAAGCUGCAGAAUUAGAUCGUCGAGAACGAGAAAUGCAAAACCUCAGCCAACAUGGCAGGAAAAAUAAUUGGCCGCCUCUUCCUGGCAAUUUUCCUGUGGGACCUUGUUUCUAUCAGGAUUUUUCUGUAGACAUUCCUGUAGAAUUCCAGAAGACAGUUAAAAUUAUGUACUACUUGUGGAUGUUCCACGCUGUAACACUGUUUCUAAAUAUCUUCGGAUGCUUGGCUUGGUUUUGUGUUGAUCCUACAAGAGGGGUUGAUUUUGGAUUGAGUAUCCUAUGGUUCUCGCUUUUUACUCCUUGUUCAUUCGUCUGUUGGUACAGACCACUUUAUGGAGCUUUCAGGAGUGACAGUUCAUUCAGAUUCUUUGUAUUCUUCUUCGUCUAUAUUUGUCAGUUUGCUGUGCAUGUACUCCAGGCCGCAGGAUUUCAUAAUUGGGGCAAUUGUGGUUGGAUCUCAUCCCUUACUGGUCUCAAUCAGAGUAUUCCUGUUGGGAUCAUGAUGAUAAUCAUAGCAGCACUUUUCACAGCAUCCGCAGUCAUCUCACUAGUUAUGUUUAAAAAGGUCCACGGACUAUAUCGCACAACAGGUGCUAGUUUUGAGAAGGCCCAGCAAGAGUUUGCAACAGGUGUGAUGUCCAACAAAACCGUCCAGACUGCAGCGGCAAAUGCAGCUUCAACUGCAGCAACUAGUGCAGCUCAGAGUGCUUUCAAGGGCAACCAGAUUUAGGGAGUCUUCAGACAAAACGCUGUUACCUUUUGACUGUACUUUUUCCAGCUACUGUAUUCUAUAAAUAUUUUUAUGUUCAGAACACAAAGUACACACAGCAUGUAUAUUUCCUGUUCACUUGUGCAUGGGCUAAAACCAGAAAAAUUUCCUGUCUUAUUAUUUUACCUAAUAGUUUUCUUAAUAUUUCAGUACCCCUUGCAGAAAAAAUAAUUACUUGCAAAAAAAUAUUCUCCAUAUUUUUUGGGGGAUGAAUGUUCAGCAGAUUAUUUCAGUGGUGACACACUGAAAUUAAUAUGGUACUUAUGACUGAAAAUGCAUUUAGUAUUAGCUGCAGUAGUUCUUUUAAGAAUCUUUAGACAUAAGGAUUACACAUUGGAGCAGUAAAGCAGUGCUUCAUUCCUGUUUCCCUAUUUAUGCUGAAAGAAAUAGGGCAGUGGAGACUUAGGAAAUUUUAAAUUGGCUUGCUUUUUAUCAGUUUCAGUCACCAGCGAAGAGCCUGUGUGAAUUUCAUAGUUGAUAAUGUACAUUUUAUCUUCUUUUUAUUUUUUAAGAGUAGUUGAUAUUUUGAUAUCAAUCUCUGAUCUUGCAUGAAUUAGUAGUAUUUUGGGUUCUGCACUGCUUAUGGUUGUUGGAGAUUUUUUUUGGAAUCAUAGAAAUGAUUUUCUGUAAUAGUUUCUUUUAAAUAAAAAAUGUAUUGGAGUGCAAUAAGAGAAUUUAAUAUAAUCUGCAGUGCAUUAUCCAAAAGAAAAGAAAUAUAGUCGAUGGAGUAGAGCUUAGUGAUAAGAAUUCAUUUUAAAAAGAUUUUCAGUAUUCAUAUCAUAGAAAGAUAUUACUGUAUGGAAACUAGUAUAUUUUUUGUGGCUUAUCUUUUUAAUUGAACUGAGAAUGUGUUUGGCAGCUUUUCUUUUUUUUUGGUGUAAUUUUUACAGAGGUAUUAAAGUCUAGCCUAACUUCUUAUGCAAAAAGAGCAGACAGUAUUUAUGGGAUUUUUCUUCUAGCCUCUCAUUUCUAAUGAUAUUAUUAAAAAAAAAAAGACCCUGGCAUUUCACAUCUGCUGAAUUCCUAAUAUGUCUCAGUCUUUCAGGUUUUGAGACAAACUGAAAACAUUUAAAAUUGCCAGGAAUAGAAAAAACAUUUUAAUUGCUCCAAGAAAGAAAAUACAAAUUCAGUUAACUAUUAAUUAUGAAUACUGAAAUUGUUACUACGCAGUGUGGAAAUUCAUUCUCAUAGCCCACGUGGGUUUAAAUUUUGAGUCAUUUUUAAUGCUGAUCAAAGGGCUCAAAGAUACUGGUAAAGACGUGGUCCUGUGUUUUAGAAGUCUUUGGCUACUUAAAGAUUAUAGAAUGAUAGGUAGUGAUUUAUUCAACUUGAUUUUAAAUAAGGGGAUCGUCUAUUGGAUUAUAUUACUUAAGAUUGCAAAUCUUUUUUUAAAAAAAAAAAAAAAUCAGAAUGGCAGAGAUGGUUAAAUCACUUUUGUUCUCCUCCCCAAGUAGAGAGUUAGAAUGAGUUUGUGGUGGGGGUAGGAUGGUGAGGAGACAUGGUUUUCACUGUUUAUGAAGAAGCUCUGCAUGAUGCUAGGUGACACAGGUCCAUCCAGAUGGUGUUUACAUUUGAUUUAUUUGGGGCUUUAUUGAAAUAAUAUACUUGGAAGAUACUUCUUUUCUUCUGAAGAAAAUGGAAUUCAAAAUAUGAAUUCAAAGCUGUUUUCAUGAAUAUUUCUGACUAGUGAUAAUCUCUACCCACAUUCUCAACCAACUAAGUCCACUUAGCUCUUCAGAGCAUAUAAUCUUUUUAUUGAGAAUUUGUUUCAUCAGUGUGCUUUACUGAGUGUGGAUUUUUACAGACAUUGCAACAUUCACUAGAAAAAUACAAGAGCACCUAUAUUCAUUAAUUUAGAUCCCAAGUUUAUUUUUGUUUUUCUUGAAAAUAUAAAUAAAAGAUAUAGGGAGAUUUUUGAAAAAUACUGAGAUACAUUGAGUAUUUUUCUUCAGAAUAGAAAUGUUAUCUCUGUAUUAUCCAGAAAUCCCCAAAGAUAACAUUGUUAAAUAUCAAAGAAUAGUUGCAACCAUGGUAUCUUUUGUGUGGAUAGGGAAAGUAGUAUUUUAAAAUCCAGUUGUUUGGGUUAUUUUAAUACACAUUUGUGGGAGAAAAAAAAUUUUUUUUUUUAAAACAUUGAAUUAAAAUGAUGGCAGUACUUACAAUUUGAUCAGGUAUAAAAGAGGAUUUAAAUUUUUAUAUUCCCUAAUCUCUGAACAGUAAUCAGUAAGUAGUCAUAUUUUCAGUCAGCAAAAGAUUGGCAUUUAUUAGUGUUCCAUAUUUAAUACUAAAUUACCCAAUACGGAAGUCAUGAAAUGGUCUUCACAUAGUGAGAGGCCACGUCAUUUUUCACUUUGCAAUAUUGUACCUUGGCUAUUUGAACACUGGAAAAUCAUUCCUCAGUGAUUUGUAACUUGGGACUUGGAUUAUUUAUCUAGGAUGUUUGUAUAUUUUGUCAAUGAGUAAUAUUGCGCUGCCAUCCUGGUGAUUGUUGUGGUUCUAUAUAAAUGCCCUCCAUCUGUUCCUCUAAUGUUGCAUGUUUUCAGUGGUUUGGAAGUUUUGUAUAUUUAUUGUAUCAACACAGUGUGUCAUAAAAUAAAAUGCUGUUUACUGGA